GUCAACACUUUUCCAAUACCACGUGUCAGAAGUUAGAGUAGAGGGACAAAGUCUGGGCUCAUCAACUUAAGUGUUAGAUAUGCAUGAUUAACAGUAAAGUUGUAAUAAAUUUUUACAAAUUAAAUCAAAGUAUAUUUUAUCAACAAUCAAUAUAACGUACAAAAGUGCCUUUAUAUCAUGUUGAGAGUGCUUAAAACUGCUUGUAUUUUUUUAUGUUAUUGAAGAUUUAAUUUUUUAUAUUAAGUAUUUGUUGUUAAAAGUAAUUUAUUAAAUCUAGUGCCAGUGUAUGCUGAAUCUAAAGAAUCAUUUUUGGAAAUUUAUUUCAUUAAAAUGUCAUUAUUCAGAUCAAAAAGACUUCUCAAAUAUGCAAUAAUAGGAACAGCAGGAAUUGGGACUUUUGCGUCAUGGAGAUCUAAUGCUUAUGAUGCAGGAUCUAUUGGGAUUGUACGAUUAGGAAGAGCAGCAGUAGCAGUAUUUAUCAUAGGAUCAAAUUAUAAUAAAGCACUUUACAGUAGUCAAAUAGACAGAUCAUCACCGGAGUAUCCUAAAGUUAAAUCAGAAGCUCAUUUGUUUGGAGCUAAAAAAUUAUUGGAGUUAUGCUGUGCAAACAAAGGUGUUUAUAUCAAAAUAGGUCAGCAUAUAGGAGCUUUAGAUUAUUUAUUACCAACAGAAUACGUAACAACCAUGAGAGUUUUACACAGUUCAGCUCCUCAAUCUCCAUUUGACGAUGUGUUAACUGUUUUGAAAGAAGAUUUGAAAGCAGAUCCUUACGAAAUAUUUUCAUCUAUUGAUCCCUCUCCGAUUGGAGCUGCUAGUCUAGCUCAAGUUCAUAAAGCUGUUUUAAAAGAUGGAGAAACUGUUGCUGUUAAAGUUCAACAUAGAGCAGUAAGAUCAAAUGCUUAUGUCGAUAUAAAAACUAUGUCUGUUCUUGUCAAAAUAACAUCUUGGAUAUUUCCUGAAUUUAAAUUCGACUGGCUAGUAGAUGAAACUAAAAAAAAUAUAUUUAAAGAGCUUGACUUCAUGUGUGAAGGAAAAAAUGCUGAAAAAUUAGAGCAUUUAUUUUCUCAUUACAAAUGGCUUAAAGUCCCUAAAAUAUAUUGGAACCUUUCUACUCCACGUGUGUUAACCAUGGAGUUUGUUCAAGGAGGUCAAAUAAACGACUUAAAGUAUAUUCGUGAUCACAAUAUCAAUUCAUACGAAGUGAGCAGUAAACUGGGUCGCCUGUACAGUCAUAUGAUUUUUAUAACGGGUUUUGUACAUUCCGAUCCUCAUCCUGGAAAUAUUCUUGUCAGAAAAAAUUCCAAAAAUGAGGUAGAAUUAGUGCUACUUGACCAUGGCCUUUAUGCAGAAUUAAGUAAUGAGUUUCGUUGGUCCUAUUCUAAACUUUGGCUGGCCAUUCUUGACCGAGACAAAGAGACAAUGAGAAAGUAUUGUGCAGCUCUUGGUGUUGAAGAUAUGUAUGGAUUACUUGCAUGUAUGGUAUCAGGUAGAACUUGGGAUACAAUAAUGGCUGGAGUAGAAAGGACGAAAUAUUCAAGUAAUGAAAAGGAACAAUUUCAAAACGAAGUCCCAAAUUUAUUACCUCAGAUUAGUGAAGUACUAGAAAGGGUGAAUAGACAAAUGCUGUUAGUACUAAAGACUAAUGAUCUUAUACGCAGCAUUGAGCAUACUUUAAAAACGUCCUCGAGAAUGUCAGCCUUAAUGGAAAUGUCCAAAUGUUGUAUUCAUUCGGUUUAUGGUGAAAAAUUAAAGUACAGCAGAGGUCGAUGGAAACGACUAAAAUUGAAAAUAGGAGAACAAUUUGCUCUUUUAAAAUUAACACUUUAUUAUACGUAUUUAGGAUUUAUUAAUGCUAGUAUAAUGAAAAGCGUGGAGUCGUUGUGGACUCACGAUUUUUAUCCAUUUUAAUAUAAAUAAUUUCAUAUGUUUAAUGUAAAUUUUUUGUAAAAAUACUGAUGGUGUUUAUGUAAGCUGGUCUACUAAUACACAGUGUUUUGUAAUUAUUUAUUCGAUAUCAAUAAACUUUACAUGCAUUAUA